AUGGCACUUCCGAGUGAUAACGAAUCAAAUAUCUCAACAGUGGAGAAAGGCAAUUUCGUCUUGAGUUCUGAUCUCACCGUUUCCUCGAAUCCUGCUGUUGAUUUGGCCCAACGGUUGUUAUCCGAGUUUAUUGGAACCUAUUUUCUUAUUUUUGCUGGUUGUGGGUCGGUGGCUGUCAAUCAGCUUUACGGUGGUGCAGUCAGUUUUCCAGGGAUAAGUGUGUCGUGGGGCCUAAUCGUUAUGGUUAUGAUUUACUCCGUCGGUCAUGUAUCUGCCCACUUUAAUCCUGCUGUCACAAUCACAUUGGCCCUCUUGGGUUUGUUUCCUUUUAAGGAGGUGUUCUUUUAUAUAAUAUCACAAACAUUGGGAUCAAUUUUCGCUAGUGGAACCUUAGCAUUGAUUUUGGACAUAACACCGAAAGCGUUUUUUGGAACUACACCCUCUGGCUCAAUCAUGCAAUCGUUCUUUGUUGAGAUCAUCAUUACUGCCAUCCUAAUGUUCGUUAUUUCUGGUGCCACUAUUGAUCGAAGGGCGAAUACAAAGAUCGGGGGAAUCGUAGUUGGCAUGACUAUAACAUUAAAUGUCUUUGUAGCAGGACAAAUAUCCGGAGCAUCGAUGAAUCCAGCACGAAGCCUUGGGCCAGCAAUUGUGCUCCAUAAUUACAAAGGAAUGUGGGUAUACAUUUGUGCUCCAAUUUUUGGAGCGAUUGUUGGCGGAUUUGUUUACAACUUGUUUAAACCAACAAACAGAUCGUUUAGUGAAUUGUUUAAAUAG